AUGAGGGGAAAGUGUAAGGAUCACAUCAGUAAAUUGCCAGAUGAUGUUCUUCAUACCAUUGUCUCAUUAUUGAGUAUGAGGGAUGCUGUACGCACGAGCGUAUUAUCACAUAGGUGGAAGAACAUGUAUGCGUACAUGUCAAAUCUCGAGUUCGAUUGGCAUGACAUAAUCUCCACACCAGCUGAUUCAACUCCUGGAACGGUUUGCAACAGCGAAGUGUUCUGUUUUCUAGCAAGACUAGAAAGAUUCUUAGCAUGUCAUUUGGGCACGAAGGUUGUCUCCUUCAAGGUUUCAUGUUGCUUUGGAAAUAUGUACGCUCGUCGUAUCAAUGACUGGAUUAGUUUUGCCAUUAGAAAGGGCGUUGAAAAUCUUGAUCUUGCCUUUACUUGUGACAAACCUGCUGAGCGCAGCGAUUGGAGAAUCAUUGACUAUUAUCAUUUUCCUACUCAGCUCCUUUUGCAUGGUGAAGAAUCCAAAUUAAGGCAUCUUUCCUUGCGCUCAUGCACACUUCAGUCAGAUUUUUUUGAUCGAUUUAGCACCUUAUCAACUCUUGUGUUGUGUGAUGUAAAUCUCGCUGGACAUGUUGAGCCGCAUAUGUUUUCUUCUUGUUCAAACCUUGAGUGUUUAACAUUGCAAUGGUGUUUUGGAUUAGAAAGAUUGUGCAUUGGUGAUUCUCUUCAUCGUUUGAAGGUGCUGGUGGUGAGCCUCUGUGAAGGUUUAAAGGGGAUUGAACUCAGUGCCACCAAUCUUACCAGUUUCCAUUAUAAGGGUGAUGAUAUAAAACUCUCUUUUGAAAGGGUUCCCAAUCUGGGGGAACUAUAUGUUAUGAUGAAGGACACUGAUGUGGUUUCUACUUUUGCUCGGCUUGAGAAAGAACUUCCUCAUGUCAAGAGUAUGACAGUUGCCAAAAGUCGUGCGUGUAAGAAAAAGUUGGAAAAAUUUGUGUGGUUUGAAUCGCUGACAAUUCAAGAAGGGCCAGCAUUUGCCGGUGUUUCACGUGAUGUCCAAAGGAUCAGCUCUGUCCUAGGAGCUUUUCUCCUGCUUCAGAAAUUCCAUUUGACCUCGAAUCUUCACCACAUCAAUUGUGGUUGUAGAUGUCUAAUAUAA